AUGCCACUCGAUGCAACUGAUGUAGAUAGGGCAGUGGCUUUAGCUGAUGGGGGGUAUAGUCAGCGUCGCAUCGCUCGCACACUCGGUAUACCUCUAAGGUAUGAGAUGCCAUCAGUCGAUUUCGGGAGACAGGCUUAUACACCCACCCGCAGUGCAGAUCAAUACAUUCAAGACAUCAUGGAUAGAUUGACAAACCGGCUCCUAGAAUGCUUGUUGAAAUAUGAGAAAGUAAUAAAUGGUUUGCCGUAUCUGUAUUUGCGAAAAAUAAGUGAAACCCGACAGGCUCCACGAAGUGUAGUACGAGAUAGAUUUCCACGACGUGCACGCGUGGCGUACAAACGUGCUAACUCGCCACCACCAUUACCCGCUCGAGCCGCUCCACCUCCUCCUAGAAAGCACGCUUUUAGUCCUGCACAAGCGGAAUGUUUGCGGGCUAUAUUCGCUGCCUUGCUCUGGCAUGAAGGCAUAGUGCACGAUGCGAUUGCGUGCGCUGCGUUCCUGAAAUUCCAUCCGCAGUUGCCGAAGCAAGGCGCGCGCGUUGUUACCCGCGCCGCUAGCGAUCAAACCGCAAGACAUCAACGGCACUCCGUCGAAGUAUCCAAUGCUGGACAAUAUUUAAGUAUCCAGCCAUCGACAUUGGAGACAUUGACGCGGUCUGGGGAAGAGGCCACUGCUAGUCGGACACGUAAAAAUGAUCUAGACACGCACGCACCCAUAAACGAGGAAGAUGCCGCUGAAGAGUCUACGCCGUCGGUAGUCAACGUUUUACCGCCAGCUUUACGCGCUCUCGUAGCAUUAUGGGAUGCGCUAUGCGAAGCAAAACAACUUAAUAUUACACCUGAAAAAACGAAGAAAGAUGCUGGUGAUAAAAUAGACAAUGACGAUCCCCGACCAAUGAUAAAAGUCCGUCAAAAGAAAGUUUGGAGGUCAAUAUCGAAAACACCGUAUUCAGUGAGUUGCGAGUUGUGCGGUGGUGCCGGUGUCCCGCCACCGCUGGCUGCUCACAUGCGUCACGCUCAUCCCGGGUGUCGAGUGCCGACGUCGCGCGGCUACGACCGCUCCGGCGUCUACAGGCGGGCGGACAUCGCUGCACCCGCGCCAGCGACCGCUGACGCACCGCUCGCCGCUUGCGGGCAACUAGCUCAAGGUUGCCAACUCUGGUAUACAUUUUGUGAAAAGUGUCGCGAGAAAGCUCUGAAGGCUGCUUCUUCGGUGAAACAACCCAAGACAAAAACUAUAUCGGAGGUUUCCUAUGAGCGUGCGCCAUCGGAAAUCGAUCACCAUAUUAUCAAAGAAAAUGCAGUAUUUCUAUUAGACUUAGCUCCUCUCACCAACUCUGAAUCGCUUGGGCGAAUGUCGCCCAUCCACGAAGGGCAGGCGCGUAGUCCACCUACACCGCCUGGUAGUCUGUGGCAGCCCGCUCCACCUUUCCAGUGUUUGCCAGCUUUAGGGCUCGCACCGAAAUCUAAUACAACGCCCGAUACUACUAGAUACCACUCGCUGGGCCGCCCCCUACCACUGCCCUCAGCAAUGGAGCCGAGGGAUGCAGAGGAAGCUCGCGAUCAACCACCGCGGGUUCAGCGCUCCGUAUCGAUGGGACAGACAGGAACUCGUGAUCUUGCUACAGCGGCGAGGAGGAUAAAUGCGCCCCUUGCUGCGGUCGACUUCCAUCUAACAGAAGACUCGCUCUCAGGUGUAGGGUCGUCGCUCCUAUCGCAGCCGAGUGCGUCGCUUCGCAAACUAGUCGGCGCCGGCGAGAGUGCCGGCGCAGUGUCAGCGUUUGAACCGCCGCACGUGUCCGCGGACGCGCUCGCUCGUCGGCCGGUGCUCGCGUUCGUGCUGGCGCGACGUGAUCUGCACGCGUACACGCAGAAGUUGGACGGCGCUGUACGCAUCAAUACAGUGCGCCAAUACGCGUUUGAAGCGCUGAACUGGUUGUUGCGGUCCACAACGCAGCCAACGUGCGUGCAUGACGUGAUGUGGUGGUUUUGUAGCGCACUCGAUAAGUAUGCGCGUACAGUGCCUCCGCCUCCCGCGCUAGACGACAACAAGGAGGCGUCGGCGAACGAUAACAAUAGAGCUGUAAUGAAAUUUCCCGCGGCUUCAUCGAUAUGUCCCGGCGGGAAUUCUGUACGCGGUGCCAGAACAGCGUUCCAUGCGUUCCUUGGCUCAGUCAGCACCCUGGCUCCAUCCUUGCCGCCCGCAAGUGCGUCCGGAUUGCAAGCUAUACGAUGCUGGGCUUUGCACUAUUCACCUUACGACCGAGCUUUCUUACACAGAUCGCAAGUUUUUAGUGUGAUCAGCAAAGUAUUGUCCCAUCCAGAAGACGAUGCUUACGACGAAGGGUUGCUUGGUGCUUUACACGAAAGCUUCCACAGUUAUAGUAACAAGGAGAAUUACGUAUGGAGUUGUCCUGACGUGACGAGUUGGUGCGACAUCACGGUGUCAUCAAGGCAGGGCAUGGCCGGUGCUUUAACAGAUGGUAGUACAGAAACGUUUUGGGAGAGUGGUGAUGAGGACAGGAACAAGGCCCGCUGGGUCGAGGUUACAUACCCGGGCGGCACUACUGAAGAUAGACCACACAUUAUAUGUGUACACUUGGAUAACACCAGAGACACUGUUAACAAGACGAUGCUUGCGUCGUUCUUAUAUAGCAGUGGCUCUGGUGAACUUACACAUAUGCAAGAUAUAGAGGUGGAUCCGAAAACGGCAAGCUGGUUGUGCUAUACCUUACCGAGGGUGUUGAGUACGUGUGUACGCGUGAGAUGCGAGUUGCGCGGCGCGGAGCCUGCAGUGCGAGUGCGUCAAGUACGCGUUCUGGCUGCGCCAACGCCGGUGAUGUCAGCCGCCGUGGGACCGACGCGCGUCUUACACGCCGUCGCCGAGGCUGAUGCGCUGCGAGUGUUCCGUCUGCUAACCUCACAGGUGUUUGGUAAGCUACUGGAAUGGGAAAGGAGUAGUAUCGAGUCAGGGGAUGGAGCAGCGGCUGCGGAUGAUGGCGUCACCAACGACACUGAUCUACGGGAACACGUUGUCGGCAUUCUGUUCGCUGGACACAAACUCACUUCGUUGCAAAGACAGGUGAUGUCACACAUCGUGUACGCUAUUGGGCAUGAAGCGGCGCGAGUGCGCGACGACUGGGAGACAGUCCUAUUGUGCGCAGAAGCGGCCGAGAGACACGAUGACGCGUUACGUCCAACCACGCACGCGCACGCGCAAGAUAACUACUGCUUCGAAAUGUUGUCACUGCUACUAGCGUUGAGCGGCAGUGCAGUAGGUUGCGCACAUCUCGCACAACGUACAGAAUUACUCGCUGAUCUGUUGGCACUCUUACACACGGGCAGCGAGCGAGUUAUUUCGUUGCUUAGAAGAAUGAUAUCAGAAAUUAAACCACAAAAGGCUCUGAUAGCAAUCAAUUACGGCAACAAUCUUAGUACAAGGAUCACGCUGUUGGAUCAUUUAGUGAGUUACCUGGGCAAAGCGAUCACAGUGCAGGUGAAAGUGAAGGGUGCUGGUAGUAGUAGCCCUUCGACAGUAACGAUGGGCAGCAGCGUGAUCGCCCCGCCGCCCGCAGCCUGGUUCAUGCGCGGAGAAACCACCAAGAAACAUGCGCAUUUGGUGGCCAAGCUGUUGACUGACAUGGCCGAAGACAAGGUGUCAGAAUCGUGGGGUUUGGAGACACGAAGUGGUCUCGCAGCGUACGUGAGUCAGAUAGCUCAAGUGGCGGAGGCGGACAGGAGACCGACGCGUUGUAUAGCCGCGCCCGCUAUGUGGCUCACAUUGGCCUCUUUGUGCGUCUGCUCACAGGAACACCUCGAUCUUAUCAAUGGGAGUGCAGAAGGCCGUGAAUCUCGUCGCGAGGUGGAAGCGCGUCCGUUCUGUUCCAAUCACGACGACGGUGCGACAGCGGCUGUGAUAGAGUGUCGCACUUGUGGCCCACUGUGCGGCGAAUGCGAUCGUUUCUUACAUCUCAAACGGGCCGCUAAAACGCACCAAAGACAAAUUUGCAAGGAAGAGGAGAGUGCGAUACGAGUGGAUAUCCAUGAAGGUUGCGGUCGCGCGAAGUUGUUCUGGCUCCUGUUGUUAGUUGAUCGGCGUACGCUGAAGGCUUUGGCCGAGUUCAGGGGUAUGGACGCAGUAGAGGAAACUGCGUUGGGGGAGACUGGUUUCGCUGGAACUUGCAGAUUCUGUGGCGCGAGGGGCAGUACAGGAUUGUUAGCUAUAGGCAACGUGUGCGCCGAUCAGCAGUGUCAGGAGCACGGUCGCGAAGCUUGCAACCGGGUAUUGGGUUGCGGUCACAUGUGUGGCGGUGUACGGUGUGAGCCGCAAUGUCUGCCCUGUCUGUUCGGGUGCGGCAGAGAUGGGGCGCCGUUGAGACAGGACGCCGAUGAUAUGUGUAUGAUAUGCUUCACUGAUCCACUACAGGCCGCACCCUCUAUACAGGAGGACAUGAACCACUGGACUCUGGAAGAUCUCUUGGAUCCUAUCAGGCGGCUCCGUGACGAAGUCCGUCGUAAGGCGUUGAUGCGGCUUGAGUACGAGGGUGUCAGUGUACCGGGAGCGCCCCGCGGGCGGGCGGGACUCGAUCCCGCGACAUACGCCAUGGAAAGAUAUGCUUACUAUGUGUGUCAUAAAUGCGAACGGGCAUACUUUGGAGGAUUGGCUCGAUGUGAAGCUGAAACCAGCGGGUGGUGGGAGCCAACUGAACUAGUGUGCGGAGCGUGCAGUGACAUAGCGGGCGCUAGAACUUGUCCCAAACACGGCGCCGACUUUCUCGAGUAUAAGUGCCGCUACUGUUGCUCGGUUGCGGUUUUCUUCUGCUUCGGUACGUCUCACUUCUGCAACGCUUGUCACGAUGAUUUCCAGCGAGUCACUAACAUACCGAAACAUCUAUUGCCUCAGUGCCCCGCCGGUCCUAAAGGGGAACAAUUGCCGGGCUCGGCGGACGAGUGCCCUCUCCAUGUCCAACAUCCGUCGACCGGGGAGGAGUUCGCCCUUGGUUGUGGUAUUUGUCGACAUUCCCAAGGAUUUUAAUCUAUUGUUUAUCUGAAAUGAAUAAUAUAUUAUAAAGACGGUGAUUUUAUUGUAUGAAUCAUUAUAGCAGAAAUAAUUUAAUACU